CUGGGAAACGAGAACUUCAACAAUCUGCAGACAUGAGGAAUAUUUACGCUUUUGCCUUGCUGCUCCUUGCAGUCUCUGCAAGCACCACCAGCGGUGCCAGCGUUUCCGACCUUCUGUGUCGCAACAAGGCCAACGGCAUCCGAGCCCUGGUGCCAGGUAGCUGUUCCAGGUUCUAUGAGUGCAGCAACGGUGUUGCUAAGGAAUACACCUGUCCCAAAUUCUAUGACUUUAAGAUCCGCAGUUGCGUUAGCUACGACACUGGCUGCAUCGAGGGUGUUGUGGUAGAGCCUGUUGCCCAGAGCCAGUCCACCCGGGAUACCGCUGAGCCGUGCAAUGGGGCUACCACCACUGCACCGCCGUGUACUAAGACCACGACAAAGCCUCCAUGCGCUGAAAAUCCUACCACCACCACUACCUGUGCCCCUGGAGUGAUCACAACGACUACGACUACAACCACUGAGGCUCCAACGACAACUACAACCACUGAGGCUCCCACGACAACUACAACCACAACAACAUGUGCUUCAACAACAACAACGACGACUACCACAACAACCACAACCACAACUACAACGACAACCACAACUACAACAACAACCACAACUACAACGACAACCACAACUACAACGACAACCACUACUACAUGUGCUCCAACAACAACAACGACAACGACAACUACUACCACUACCACAACAACAACAACUACAACUUCAACGACAACCACAACCACUACGACAUGUGCUCCAACAACAACUUCGACUACAACAACAACCACUACCACUACCACUACCACUACUACAACCACAACCACAACCACAACCACAACCACAACCACAACCACAACCACAACCACAACCACAACCACAACCACAACGACAUGUGCUCCAACAACAACGACGACUACGACGACAACCACAACAACCACCACCACUACAACUACAACUACCACCACGACCACUACUACAACGACAACUACAACAUGCGCUCCAACAACAACUACCACCACCACCACUACCACAACCACCACCACCACCACCACGACUACGACAACCACCACCACUACUACUACGACAACAACUACAACAUGUGCUCCAACAACAACCACUACAACAACGACAACGACAACUACUACCACUACCACGACAACUACUACCACUACCACGACAACUACAACCACCACUACUACUACAACAACAACUACCACAACUUGUGCCCCAACAACAACCUCUACUACGACAACCACCACCACCACUACAACUACAACUACCACCACAACCACUACUACAACGACGACUACCACAUGUGCCCCAACAACAACGUCUACCACGACAACUACAACCACCACUACUACUACUACAACGACAACUACCACAACCUGUGCCCCAACAACAACCUCUACUACGACAACCACCACCACCACUACAACUACAACUACCACCACAACCACACUAACUACAACGACGACUACCACAUGUGCCCCAACAACAACGUCUACCACGACAACUACAACCACCACUACUACUACUACAACGACAACUACCACAACUUGUGCCCCAACAACAACCUCUACUACGACAACCACCACCACCACUACAACUACAACUACCACCACAACCACUUCUACAACGACAACUACCACAUGUGCCCCAACAACAACGUCUACCACGACAACUACAACCACGACUACUACUACUACAACGACAACUACCACAACCUGUGCCCCAACAACAACCUCUACUACGACAACCACUACAACUACAACUACCACCACAACCACUACUACAACGACGACUACCACAUGUGCCCCAACAACAACGUCUACCACGACAACUACAACCACCACUACUACUACUACAACGACAACUACCACAACCUGUGCCCCAACAACAACCUCUACUACGACAACCACCACCACCACUACAACUACAACUACCACCACAACCACUACUACAACGACGACUACCACAUGUGCCCCAACAACAACGUCUACCACGACAACUACAACCACCACUACUACUACUACAACGACAACUACCACAACUUGUGCCCCAACAACAACCUCUACUACGACAACCACCACUACUACUACUACGACAACUACAACAUGUGCUCCAACCACUACAAGCACUACCACCACCACUACCACAACAACAACUACAACAUGCGCCCCAACAAAAACAACUACCACGACUACUUGCGCACCAACUACAACUACAACGGCUUGCGGAGAAACAACUACAACCACAACGGCUUGCGGAGAAACAACUACAACAGUCUGCCCCACAGCCGCUAAGGCCGUGGCUGCCACUCAAUCGAAACGUAAUCCCGUCCGUCGCAACCCCGUCCACCGUCUCCUUUGGGAAGUGGCUCAAUGGGCUGGUAUUUCCUCCGCCAGCUCCGCUAGCUCCGAGACUCAGAUUAAGGUUUCUUGCUACGGCAAGCCCGACGGAUUCCUGAUGGCAUCCCCCGAGCGCUGCAAUGACUACUACAUCUGUCGUCACCAGCGCGCCUUGAAGGUCAGCUGCGGUGAUAGAUACUUCAACGGACUGAAGGGCAUCUGCGAUCUUCCCGAAAACACCAGUUGUGUUCAAUCCUAAGUGAUAGAUCCCCAUUUGGCUGACACUCAAUAUCAUCAUGGAAAUGUGACAAGAAACAAUGGAUCGAAAAUUUUAAUUAAUUAGAAAACAGCACUAUUUGA